AUGACCUUGGUCGCUUCUGAAGUCGAAAUUACAACGCGAACCUCUGCUCUAAAUACAGAGAAGAACGCGGAUGGCCAGGUGAAAAGACUGCAUCAUAUUCCACGCCCUGCCAUCAAAGAAGCUGAGCGAGAAUGGCUCCUCGGGCAGAUGGCAGCUGCUUUCCGUAUAUUUGCCAAGCUAGGCUUUGCUGAUGGCAGUAGUGGCCAUAUUAGCUUGCGAGAUCCUAUCGAACCACAUACAUUCUGGAUUAACCCUUAUGCGGUGCACUUUGCUUUGCUCAAAGUCUCUGACAUGGUUCGUGUAGAUGAGAAAGGGAAUCGAGUGGAUGGUGCAAAUAAGCCUGUAAAUGCAGCAGGCUUCAUGAUUCACUCGGCCAUCCAUAAGAGACGACCCGAUAUUCACGCUGCUUGUCAUAUGCAUAGUCCGUAUGGGAGAGCAUGGAGCACAUUUGGGAAGGGAAUUGACAUGUUGAAUCAAGAUUCUUGCAUGUUUUACGACGAUCUCUCCGUCUAUCCUGCCUUUGGGGGCGUGGUUUUCGCCCAAGGGGAAGGUGAGCGAAUUGCAGAAUAUCUUGGACCCAAGAACAAGAACCUUAUCAUGCAAAAUCAUGGCCUUCUCACAGCGGGUGGAACGGUGGCCGAGGCAGCUGCGUUUUUCAUCGCCCUAGAAAGAGCAUGCCAGACACAGCUACUCGUAGAGGCAUCGAUUGCUCCCGGCUCGAUUGGUCACAGUAUGGGAGAAAUCAAGAAAACACUCGUCGAUGAUGACACCGCGCGGUAUACCAAAGAAGGCACAGGCAGCCCCGAGGCGAUGUACAUGCAGUUCGAACCCGAGUAUCAACUUCUGCUGAAGGAAACUAAUGGCGAGUUUCUGCAUUGA